AUGAAUCAAGAUAAAGAGAUAUCUAAGGAUGCAUUCGAUGUAAUAAUAAGAACUGUUCAAGAUAGAAAGGACUUUGGCUCCAAGUCGAUGGAAGACCUUCCAAUGAAUUUAUUUUCUUACAGGUUCUUUCACCUAGAAGAAAUAUCUCUUGCCGAUGGAAUAUCGGCAGCUAUAAAAACGAUUCUGAGAGAUUCUAGGUUUAGUCUUCUUGGGGUGAGUCCGGAGACAUUGGACUCCUUUUUUUCAUUUUCAUUUUUUCAUAUGCUUCCCCAUAAGUACCACAACCUUGAUCAUUUGAUAAACACACUAUAUUUUGGGGACUUUAUUCUUCAAAGACUGGAGAAGAAAUACUCUUUACCGAUAAUGGAUAAGAUGUGCUUGAUGAUAGCGCUUGUACUACACGAUAUAGGGCAUCCUGGAGAGAAAAACCGAGAAAAGAUCGAAAGACUGUCGAGCCUGUACGGGAACUCUGAUGAAACAAUGUCCUUUGAACUGAUCCAUGCAACUAUAUGCAAAAGGAUUAUCAGCAAGUAUAGGCAUGCACUGUUUGGAGACCUGGAGGAUGAAGAGAUGAGGGAAAAAUUGAACUUCAUCAAAGAAAUGAUAUUUGCAACGGACUUGAAGAUGAACAAAGAGAUAAUCGAGGAGUUCAAUACUAAAUACUUUGAGGAAAGGAAAGGGAGAAAGAUAAGGAACAAGGCGGCUGGAGAAAUAUCGGAGAUCGAGCUCAAAAUGAUCGUGAAGAUAGCCGAUCUUGGAUCGUGCUACAAGGACUACAGAAUCUUCAACAAGAACUCGAUUGCAUUCUGGUCGGAGAUGUACGACGAUGAUAAUUAUCGUAGAACCCUUCAAGACAUAUCUGAAGAUGUCAAUCUGUUGGAGAAGAUAUCGAUUCCUCUGGCAGACUCGUUUUCCCUAGUGUUUGAAGACUUCAGAUUCCUAUACAAUCAAGCCCUCUCGAACUUGGAGGAACACAAGAAGUACUACAAGAGGCUUGAGGAGGAGUGGAAAUCAGGGCCCCCACCGGGAAGAGAUAAGAUGUCUUUAAAAUAA